AUGAUAAACGAAGCACUAUUAGAUAUUUUAUUUGCUUAAUUUGAAGAUGUAAAUGAAAUGAAUUAAAGAGAUAAAAGUAGUUUAGAUAUAAACUUUGCAAUGAGAUACUUCAAAGACAUUUUAGACUGUGAUGCAUUAUUUGCAGGAUUCAAACCUUAAGGUUAAAAUGAAGAAACAAGUGAUGAUGAUAAUGAAGAAGAAGUAGAAAGUGAAGUUGAAUAAAAAAGGAUUACAUAAGGAUAGAAUCUAAAGAUCAAUGAACCUAAUUUGUAGAAUAUUAAAUUGGACCCUGAUAUGGAUUAAAAUUAAUAUUUAAUAAGUAAUCCUUAAUUAAGAACAUUUUUACGUCAAAUUGAUUUAAAAAACAAAAAAUCAUUAGAAUAAACUAAUAAUACUCGUUAAUAAUAGAAUCUUAAAUAUCCUGUAUAUGCAUUUUCUGAUUUUUAUUAUGCUGCAAGUGAAGAUGUUAGAAUGAUAUAUGAUAAAGUCAUUAAUGAUAUUCUCUAUAAAUAUAAGAAAACUAAAUCAUUUAAUGGUAAUGAUUAUGAUUCUUUGAUGUAGUUUUUCUCAGUUUUAACUGAUUAAUAAAUAAAGGAACAUUUAUAAUAGAAUAAAGAUUCAGAAAUUAUUUUGAAUUCCUUUAAAAAACAAAAAUGUUUAAAGAGUCUUGAAAAAAAACUAUCUCUCUAUACUAAAUUAUAGAAUGAAAGCAAAGAUAAUUAUACAAUUUUAUGUUAAGAGGAAAUAGUUGAUAAUCCUUAUGGGAUGAUUCAAAGUUAUUAGAAUCCCCUAUUAACACCUAAAUUUUAUUAAGAAUUAAAUGAAUUAAUUAAUAAAAAACAUAAAAAGAUAAAAUUAGAGGAAGAUAUAAAUUAUAAAAAAGAAAUUUAAUAGAAAAUGAAAAAUGAAAAUUAUAUCAAUUUUUAAGAAGUAGAAGAAAAUGAAGAGUUUUAAUAAUAAAUCUAAUUGGAUUAAGAUCCAAAAAAGAAUUAAAUGGAAAUGGAAGCUUAGAUUAGAUAAAAAGAUAGUGAAAACCUGAGAAGAUUUUUUACAGGUAAAUUCAAAUUAUUUGAAUAUGAAUAAUAAUAAUAAGAUAAUUUCAAUAUAGAAAUUAAAAAUCAUAAACAUUAAAGAAUUUUAAAUAAAGAAUCCUUUUUGUAUUAAUGUCCAUAAGAAAAUAUUAAUGCAUUAAAAUGUUAAGCAUAGAUUGAUGAACCAGGAAUGGGAUUAUUGCAACGUAUUUAAUAAUAAUUAGAAGAUGAGAAGAAAUUGAAUGAAUAAUAGAAUUAAUAAAAUUAAUAAUUAGAUGAAGGUUUUAAAUAAGUGGAAAUAGAUAAAAAGGAAUAAGAAUUUUAAAAGGCUUUAGAUAAUUAUUCAUAUUACAAUAAAGAGAUUGUUGAAUUUUGUAUGGGUUAUAAGGAAAACUUUUUAUCAAAAUCAUUUUAAACUUAUAAUAAAGUAGAAAUUGAUCUUUAGAAUCGGUAAUUCUUUAGUGAAAAAUUAGAGGUUUUAUUACAUUAAAAGAAGUUUCCAGAGAAAAUAGGAACAUAAUAAUAAAUAGCUAAUAGAUUGGCUGCUCCAUCAAUAAUUUCAAGAUAAAAGGAUAAUAGAAGUGCUGUAUCUCAUGUUAAUUUACUAAGUGUUGAGGAUUAGUAGGAAUCUUAAGAUUUAUCAUAAUUUGAAGAGGGAAUACAAUAAUAAUAGGAUUUCAAUUAAUAAUUUGGUAAUGAAGAUGUAGCAAAUAAAGAAUUAUAAAAUUUGAUUGAAUCUAAAAUGAAAGCAUUUUAAACAACACCAUUUUAUAAUCAUUCUUAAGUGGCAGAGUCAUUUCUUUUAAAUGAUUUUUCUUAAGUGUUAACAAAACAUGCAAAAUAUCAUAGAAAUAAUAUUAUAGAUAAUUUAUAUGAAGAGAAAAGAGAACUUCUUGGAUUAGAAAGAGAAUAAGUUAAAUAUUUUGAUCCAUGGCCUACUGAAUUAGUUCCUUUAGUAAAUUUAAAGGAAUAAAAAAAAGACAAUAGAGAUAUAUUAUUAGAAGAAUCUACUGAAAAAUAAAAUAGUCAUGAAUAUUAUAAAUAAGUCGAAAAUUUAUCAUUAUCAAAAGGAAAUUUUAUAUUGAUGGAAUAUAUAGAAUAAAGACCAUUAAUCUUAAAUAAUACUGGAAUGUGUUCUAAAGUAACUAGGUAUGUUUAUUCUAGUAGAGCAUAACAAUAAUUUAAUUAGAAAAGAAUUAAGGAUGAAGGAGACAAUUAUAAUAAUACUUAAGAGAAUAGUCUAUAAGCAAAUUAUAGAAGUACUUAUGGUUAAAUGGGAUAGAUUUCAAAUGAGGAGAUGACUCUUUGGGAAUUCAAAAAUAUGUUAGUUGAACAAUUAGGCAAUAUAGGUUAAAUUAGAUUUUUAGAUAAGAAUGGAGCAAUACCACUUUAAGGAUAAUUAACAGAUGAACGAUUAAUAGGUAUAGCAGUUAUAGAGAAUGAUCUUUACAGGGCUCCUAUAUUCAAAUAGAAAUUGCCAAUUACUGAUUUUCUAUUGGUGAGAACUAGAGUUGAUAAUUGUCAUUAUAAAUAUACACUAAGACCUAUAGAUUGUAUUUAUUUAGUUGGUUAAAUUGAACCAAAAGUAGAAAUCUUUACUCCUUAAUCAAGACCUUUAGGAACAUUUUUAAAGAAUUGUUUAAAAACUUAUAUAAAGAAAUAAUUUAAGAUGGGUUUGGAAGUCAAAUAGGAUGAAUUGGAAUUAAUAUUUUAGAAAUAAAAUUAAAAAUAAAGUUAAAAAUAAAGCCACACUUAUAUUAGAUCAGCUCUUAAAGAAUGUAAAGGGAUAUAGGAUACUUCUAAUUAAAAAACAUGGAGAUAUUAAAAAGGAAGUAAUGAUGAUAUACAAGUUCUUAAAUAUGAUAUAACUGCAAAUUAAGUAUGUUUAUAUGAGUCUAUGUUACAUUCAUCUUAUUUAUUAUAAGAUUUUGGAUUGAGAGAACUUAAGAAUAGUGAUAAGAUGAAGAAAACUCUUUAAGAAUAUAUGUCUAGAAAUCCUUAAGAUUUUAAUAGUUGGGUAAUUGCUAGGAGAAUUGAAGAUGAAUUAAAUAUGACUGCAUGGUCAUUAUCUCAAUCAUUUCUGAAUUCAGCUAAUUAAACAGGAAGAAUGUUAUUAUUUGGAAUUGGAGAUCCUACAUCAGGACAUGGAGGUUUGAAUUAUAUAAAGAAACCUUAAAAGGCUAGAGGUGAGAAAGGUUAGAAUGCAAUUCAAGAGAAGAAGCCUUAAGUAAUGGGUACUGACAAUGAUUUACGUAAGUUGCAUGUUGAAGAUAUUUAAAAUAUAUCUACUUAAUUAGGAUUGAAGGUAAAUAAUUUAUUAAAAUUAAGACUGAAGCUAAUCUGAAGAGAUGGAAAAUGAUUAAUAAAUUAACAGCAUUUUUAUAAAAAUCAUUGAAUCCUGAUGAUAAAGAUAGUAUAGAUGCUGUAAUGUUUAGAAAGAAUUUAGAGGUAUUGGAUGAUAAAUAGAGAAAAUAAUUGAAUGUGAUUGAGAAGUAUGCUAAGAAUUAGAGAUAGACAACUAAAAAGUAAAAAGAAUAAUAUCAGAAAGAAUUAGAUAAACAAUUAGCAAAAUUAAUAUAGAAUCUUACUAUAAAAGUACAAGGAAAUUACUUUGAAGAUUUUGAAGAAGUAAAGAAGAAAAGAACAAAGAGAGAUUUUGAUAAGGAUGAUAAGAAUAAAGAUUUAGAGUAUAAUGAUGAAGAUAUUAAACCAUAUCUAAUAAUGAAUUAAGAGAAUUAUAAAUUAAGAAUUGAGGCAUUUUAAAAAAAAGAGAUGAAGAUUUGGUUAGAGAAAAAGAAGAAAAAGGGAUUACCUUGA